AUGGCUACUCUGGCUUCUCAAAAGAGCAUGGUCCAAGGACCCAACAGGAGCCUUGGCCUCUGUGGGACAGACCAGUUGAACGGUGAGCUGCUCGCCACAGAUCCGGGAUAUAGGGCUCGCAGGCAGGCGGUUGAGUCGUUCAGCCGCCUUGCCAUCAAUGCUCCAUCAUCCCGGACUGGAACAGCUCAUAUUGCUGUCGUCGUCCACGUCAUCUACAACACGGAGGAGGAAAAGAUCCAGAAGCCUCAAAUCGAUGAGCAGAUCAGAGUGCUCAAUGAGGAUUACAGUGCUCAAAACACAGAUCAAACCCAGCUCCCGGAUGUUUUCAAGCCUCUCGUUGGGAAUCCGAACAUCAGGUUCUUCCUUGCAACUCGGGACCCUCAGGGAAACCCCACCACAGGCAUCGUCUACAAACAAACAACAGCACAGAGUUUCCCAAUGGGAGCGAAUGGGUCGAUCAAUCGCAAGAUGAAGUCCGAGCCCUUGGGCAGCAAAGGAUGGCGAGCAGAUCGUUACCUCAACCUCUGGGUCUGCGAUUUGGGCGAUUCAUUGCUUGGGUACGCCUCCUUUCCAGCUACGGAAUCAUUGACUCAAGAUGGGGUGGUUAUCAAUUACCGCUACUUCGGCGUGGGAGGAACAGCCACUAAGCCUUUCCACCUCGGACGCACGGCAUCGCACGAGGUGGGCCACUGGUUAAACCUUCGUCACAUAUGGGGGGAUGAUCAAGACCCUAGCGUGAGCCCGAUGCUUUGGUGUUCGGAAAGCGAUCUUGUCGAUGAUACACCAAACCAAGCUGGGCCCAAUUCUGGCGAGCCGAAGUUUCCAAAGAUCUCUUGCGGCAAUGGACCCGACGGUGAUCUCUUCUACAACUAUAUGGACUACAGUGAUGAUAAAAUUUGUGUCAUGUUUACAAAGGGUCAGGUGGACCGAAUCAAUGCAACUCUCGCGGUUUCCCGCAAGUCGUUGUUAGGUUCUGACUUCAGCAACCGACGAAUCUCGAGGACGACAGCUUUAGGAGAGGUCAAAGACAAUAGUGUGCACUUUCUCGUUCACGAUGGGCAGAAAGAUGGUGGGAAAGAACUUGUUGCCAUCAGCAAGAAGGACUUGACCAUACAGAUCCUAUCAACUGAGGAGUCGCAAUCCGAGACCAAGGCCACCCAAAAGACUAAUAUUGGUUUCAAGGCCGAUGGGAAGAAUCCCGAUGCAGACCUGCUCUUUUCUUUCGGCAAGGACUCGACCGGUGUCAAGCCAGACUUGUAUGUCCUCCAAUCAUCGCCCACACAUACGAGCCUCAGUGUGGUAUCGGGGUCAUCUUCAUACCAGGAAUCUUCCACCGUCAACGCCAGUGUCAAGCUGCGUACACCCGGACCCGUAUACUCCUUCGCCAUUGCGCCAUGGACGAAAGACUCUAAGGGCGAUCUGGUCGUCCUCCAAAAACCCAACAACCGCAAGGACACUUACUCAGUCCACCUCAGCGUCCUUUCUGGGUCCAGCGGCUUUUCCGAGACCGUCUACGAAUACACCACCCAUAUUCUCGACAAUUCUCUCAGCAGCCUCGACCUUCAGCUGGCUGAUUGGAACGGCGACGGUUCGCUGGACUUGGUUGUCAUCAAGAAGAGCAAGACCAGCAAGAAUCUGACCGAGGUUACAGUGCUCAGCGGGGCCAGUGACUUCAAGGACGUCAUUUACAAGACCAGCACAAUGCUUGGUGGCACGGAGCGAAAUUUCACUUUCCUUUGUGCUGAUUGGACUGGUGAUGGGGGAAUUGAUCUUGUCGGUAUCAAGAAGUGGGAUACUGGGAGUGGUCAUGUUGAGGUUCAUGUCUUGGCUGGAUAA